GCAUUUAUAUAUUUAACUGAAUUAUAUAAAUACUCGAGCCGUGAAGAAAUUUAAUCAAGCUGAAAAGUUUAUUACAGUAAUAAACAAUUGUUUUUUCAGUGUAAACAUUAUUUGGUGGUGCGUAUCAAAGAGACGAUUCGCAACGGUGAAACAAUUUGCGUGACAUUUAAUCGUCAAGCGAAAGUUUUAAAUCCUGUGAGAUACAGAGAUGCUCUCUUCCGGAUGCACGGAGAUCCAGACACGCGCGGAGCAAUAUCUCGUUAACUGGGCAUGGCGAUCAGCGAUCCGACACCAGUUCUCUCUUUUAUCUCUCUCGCGCUUUUCUCCCACCCUUCACUACUCUUUGACGCGGACGUGGACGUGACACGUUCUCCUUCUCUUGUUCCCGCCGUCCGGCUACUACGGCCCGUGCGGAAAAUUGUGUCCCGUUUAGAUCGAGAUCGCGGUUGCCAGAUAAAGGAUCAACCAGUACCGACCAUAAAUUGAAAUUUAAAAGAAAGAAGAAAAAAAGCUGCGACACGCAUAUCCCAUAGGGGAGGAAAGGAGAAAGGAGUCCUCACUGGAGAUGGAAGUCCUAUGGAAGGCCGGAUGGAGAAAGAAGAGGAACAGAAAGAGAGAGAGAGAGAGAGAGAGAGAGAGAGAGGGGGGGGGGGAGUGGCAUGAGGAUAGAAUUCGCGCGUAUAUAUAAUAAUUAUUUUAGAAAUUAAUGGGGGAAUAUCUCUCGAGUGACCGGGUCCACGCGAUGCGGCACAGUCCGACAGCGACGAGAGGGAGAUUUACUCGUUUCGACCGCGGCAGGGUGGAGGAAGGGGGGCACGAGUGGGAGGAGUGUGCAAAUGGCGAUGCUAUUCGGAGCGCGCCAAUCGCCGGGCGCAACGGAGGACCGAAUAGAGGACGGCCACGCCUCCCGCGUGUGACGCGAUUGCCCUGCGCGGCGAGAGAGCGUGAUCCGCGCGCUCGCAGCUUCUUUCGGCGUACAGCCGACCAGUCACCACUCAGACGGCGCAUCUACUGCUGUCGGUUACGCGAUCUCUCUUCCCUCUUCCAUUUAAACGCGUUUUCUCCUCUUCCCUCUUCUUUUCUUCCUCUCUUUCUCUACAUCCUUUGAUCGCGCUUUCGCUGAUUUCGUUCGACGAGCGCGAAGUUCAAAAAAAAAAAGGAAGAAGAAAACGAAGUGGUAGUGUACACGCGCGCGGGGGAUCGACGGGGCAGGGGACGUCUUUCGAUCCGCGAAUCGAUUUUGGAGGGUGGAGUCGGCGGCGCCUCGCGACCCACGAGGCACGAUAUGUCGCACUAAUUAGAAGAUCUCUUUCGCUUCUCGUCGUCAAGUGGUGCGAGACGGGAAUCACAGAUACGAAUCGCGAUUAGGCGAUUUCGCGAUCGCCGUCAGACGAGGAGACUGGUGAAACGAUAGCGCUGAUUUUUUUUCGGGCGCUUUCAGGCGGGAAAAGUGGUUUAAAGUGUCAGUGAUACGUCGAGCCGAUAGUGUAUAGAUAAUUGCUGUGAGAGAUCUGUCGUCCCUCCCCUGUCAAGGGGGUUGAUGCAUAGUGUUAGAUAGUGAUCGGAAGCUACAGUGAUACUUCCCCUCUACUUAAAUUUCUUUUCCUGAAGAGAUAUUCUUUCGCUUAAUUGGAGUACAUCACGCGGAAGACUUUACGUCGGAGUACUUGCAGUAGCCUUGCUGUUGCCGUAACUUGCUUCAACUUCGUUUUACUGUGAGACUGCGGUGUGGCGACUAAUUUUUCGCUUGACCUGCGAGAAAUGAAUCAUUACAACGCUACAACAUUCUCCCAAAGUGGCUAAGUUGUAUGUUUGUUAUGUACAACUACGCAAUGUGCAACUACGAUAUACGAUAUUCUUCAAACAGAUGUAUGUAAAGCAAUUUUCUCAUAACUAAAAUUGAAAUUUAAAAAAGGGAUUAGAAUCAGACUGUUAAGAUGUAUGAUCGAAGAUAAAAUUAUAAGAUCGCGUGUAAUACUGAUGACAGAUCAAAGCACGUUAUUUUUGGUUGUUUGGUACCUGAGUUUCUCUUUAAUCUCUCGAGAGAAGAAUCUCAUCGAAACUUAGACUCAUUGCGGCGAAGCGCAUCGUCAUACGUUUAGUUUCUCGGUCGACUGACUAUUUAAUUUAAAAAAUCACUUGUCAAAGUGUUAAUAAAAAAAAGUGGUCACAACGCAACAAACAACGGUGACGAACUGCUCGUCUAGCGGAAGUAGUGGUGGCGACAGUGGUGGCGACGGUAGAAGUGACGGCGGCGACGGUCAAGAGACGACGCUCACGUAUGUGACCACGGCUGAUACGGUAGAAGAGGUCGAGGUAGAGGUUGACGAGGUUAAGAUGGAAGCUGAGGACCAUCUGGCAAGGGAAUAUGUGCAGGAGUUUGUCCUCGAUCAUUUGGAUCCCGCUGAUGUCAAGCGAGAGGUAAGAAUGGGUUCACCGAUGAUGGUAAACGGCAGUGUGGUGCAGCUUCCGGGACAGGUGCAAUCGCAGGGCCUGACUUUGGCGCCAUUGACGCCACCCGCGCAUGAAUUGGAGCAGCCGCAUCCGCUGUAUGGCCAGCCGCACAUUCAGGUGCAGCACGGCGUUCUAGUGAAGGCGCCGCCCGGCACUGCAGCGCAUCUCACCACGCUAUCGCAUCCGGGCACGCCACCGGACACACCGCCUGUUUCGGCGUCACCGCCGCCGUUGCAGCUUCAUCGCGGCGACCGGGAUUCCCGCGACGCGCGCGAUCUUCGCGAUCGCGGCGGUAUAUUGCUACAACUGCAGCAACCUACGGCAAUGGUACAGGAAGACAUGCAGGUGAGCACGGGCGGCAUGGGCUGGCUGACGCAGUCGUUGAGGCAGGAGCCGCUUGAUUUGAGGCCCCACUGUCCUCAAGAGCAAACUCCGGAGACUCAUCAUGAGCCCUGGUCGGCGGCGCCUCACUUCCAAGAGCUGCAACAUUUGCCGCGACCCACCAGACACACUGGAUACUUGGCAAGUCACUUGUCGAGUCACCUAGAGUAUUACAGUGGUCCGGGUGCAGGAGGAGGAAUGCUUCCCGCGGGCGGGGGUGUAAUGCAAGGGAUGGAAGAUAGCAUGCAGGGCUUAUCGAUACAACCGGGCAGACCGCUGAGUGUUUGUUCCGUGAGUUCUUGUGGCGCCAGUGGGCCCACACCAGCACAUCGUUCGGGUAACAGUUUGUAUUCUAACUGUAACGGUGUGAAUCAAGAUGAACUCAUGGACGAUGAACUUUUGAUGUCACUCUCUGUGCGCGAACUCAACAAACGUCUUCAUGGUUGUCCACGGGAACAGGUUGUGCGACUGAAACAAAAGAGACGAACGCUAAAGAAUCGUGGCUAUGCUCAGAACUGCCGCAGCAAGCGGCUGCAGCAACGGCAGGAUCUUGAGAGCACCAAUCGGAGUCUGCAAAAUGAGCUUCAACGCACGAAGAUCGAGCUGACGCGGCUUCAGCAGGAACGCGAUCUUUACAAACAAAGAUACGAUAUGUUGAGAACGCGACAGAAUCAUCACAACCACAAUCAUAAUCAUCAUCAGCAGCAGAUGACACAGCAACAACAGCAGCAGCAACAGCAGCAACAUCAAACUCAAAGUCAGCAAUCCCAUCCACAGCAACAACAGCAGCAGCAGCAGCAGCAGCAACAACAACAACACCAACCAGCACCAGCGAGUCCCGAGGUUUAUCUGUGACAUCGACAGCGCCGAGGAGGCGCUUGCUGGACUUGAAAAGUUACUCAUCGCGUCGAUGGAUUCUUUCACUGAUAUGACACAUCCGUUUGGAAGGCGUGCCAAGGCUAGGCCGUAUAGGACUUGGACUUUUUCUUUCCAUCGGUUUCUUCUUCCAUCCUUUGUCAUUCGUGUCACUGUACAUUGGAACCUUAUGGCCGCCUGUGGACUGUGGGGAAGAAGCGGCUAGUUCCUUCCUAGGCGUAUACCGACUGGUGAUUUAGUGAGAUCCGAUCUGUGAGUGGAACGGCCGAUCAGCUGGACCAUAAAUAUCAGGUGUUUUUUGCUCGCAUACAACAUACACACAUACAUGUACACUUCUUGCUCGAGUAAAAUGAGAUCUCCCGUAAAAGAGAGAGAGAGAGAGAGAGAGAGAGAGAGAGAGAGAGAGAGAGAGAGAGAGAGAGAGAGAGAGAGAGAGAGAGAGAGAAGCAGCAUUCGGUUUCUCGUUAUCUUCUUACAUUUUCUUCGGUUCGCGAGACAAAAGUCUAUAUAGAGAGAAUGUUUUUAUAAAAUUUGUCAUCAAAAUUAUGGUAAUUGUGUUACAACAUAGAUUUCAAAGAGUUUUACUGCAUUUAGUAAAAUUUAUUUGUACGGCACAAGAUCUUGCAACUACUUUACAGGAACAUUGCAAUUUUCGUAUUGAAGGCAAUGUUUCGAAAGCAUCAUUAAAGGGGAUAUUAAAGUUGUCUUGUUUUACCAAUUAAACGCGAUUUUUUAAAUUAUAUUUAGAUGUAAAAUUUUUUUUCAUAAUUAAAAUAUUAGGCAUCAAUUUUAAUUUAAGCCACUUAAUCGAGAACAAAAAAGAUUUUUUUAAUCUUCUUAAUUUAUUCCUUAAUAUAUCAUUUAUUAUAGUCAAAAUGUGGCAAUAAUUGCUGCACACAAAAACUUUACAGUCUGUGUAUAAAAUUGGAAUAAUCUUACAAUUAUAUGUAAAUUACACGAAAAAA